GCCCGACACCAGCAGCCGCGGACUCUUGAGAAGCCAGCAGCUCGGGCCUCGGUAGCAGCGGCCCCGCCGGCCGGAGCGGGGGGGUGGGGCGCCGAGCGCGCGGGGAGGGGGGGUCCUGGUCCUCGGCUCCUCGACUCGGUCGUGCCUCGACAGCGAACAUGUCUCGGCCUGUCAGAAAUAGGAAGGUCGUUGAUUACUCACAGUUUCAGGAAUCAGAUGAUGCAGAUGAAGAUUAUGGAAGAGAUUCAGGCCCUCCUGCUAAGAAAAUUCGAUCUUCUCCUCGAGAAGCUAAAAAUAAGAGGCGAUCUGGAAAGAAUUCACAAGAAGACAGUGAAGACUCAGAAGAAAAAGAUGUGAAGACUAAGAAGGAUGAUUCUCACUCAGCAGAUGACAGUGAAGAUGAAAAAGAUGAUCAUAAGAAUGUUCGCCAGCAACGACAGGCAGCGUCAAAAGCAGCUUCUAAACAGAGAGAGAUGCUCUUGGAAGAUGUUGGCAGUGAGGAAGAGCCAGAAGAAGAUGAUGAGGCACCAUUCCAGGAGAAUUCUGGCAGCGAUGAAGACUUCCUGAUGGAGGAUGAUGACGACAGUGACUAUGGCAGUUCCAAGAAGAAAAACAGAAAGAUGGUUAAGAAGUCCAGACCCGAGAGAAAAGAAAAGAAAAUGCCCAAGCCCAGACUAAAGGCUACGGUGACGCCCAGUCCAGUGAAAGGCAAAGGAAAAGUGGGUCGUCCCACGGCUUCAAAGGCAUCAAAGGAAAAAACUCCUUCUCCCAAAGAAGAGGAUGAGGAAGCAGAAAGCCCUCCAGAAAAGAAGACCUCUGCAAGCCCUCCACUUGAGAAGUCUGGAGAUGAAGGGUCUGAAGAUGAAGCCCCAUCUGGGGAAGAUUAAAAGUGAUGUUUGGGGAGAGAUUUUAUUAAAAAAAAAAAAAAAAGGAAACCUACAUAGGACACGGUUUGGGCUGUGGCUUGACUCAUGGGCUUUCAGUGCUAUUUCAUUUGUCUAAAAUAAUGUUUCUAUCUCUCUUUCUCUUUCACUCUCAAAACUAUUGUAUGUUGAAAUGUUUAAGUUGCCAUUUUGUCUAAUGGUCUUCUUUCUUUGCCAACCCCUCCCUCCCCCUCUCCCAAUGAAAGCCAUGUCAAUUAAUCACUGGGUUGACUGCUUGUCUUUGUAUUUUUAAUGGAAGUUAGGAAUCCCACAGCUGUAAAGCAAUAAGAUUUGAGAUGGACGCUAUGGAAACUGCUUUUUGCUAAAGAAUAGCAACUUGAACAAUAAUCAGAAAAACUAGGAAGGUUUUAGUUGAAAAUUAUUGUUCUUUUUCCUGUACUUUUGACAGACCAGUUGUCAUUUAACAUGAGCUUAUAUGUCUAAAGUGUAAAUGUCAAAAAGAAUCAUGACUCUAAACUUAGGCUGAUGAGGCAGUUGGAGAUGAACAUGAAUUCUGGGUUGUUAACUCACGUUAUCCUCUGGGUGUGGAGGGAAUAGACUUCCUGGAGCUUGUCUGCAAGUGUGGGCUUUCUUAUUUUAUACUUGUUAUUCUCAGAGACUUGGAGCCAGUGGUCCUUUUGUCCCAAUAACAGUCUUUUUAAACAAUGGGCCACCAGAACCCAGAAUCAUCAUUAAUUUCAUAUUUCAUUCAUGUUUUCAUCGAUUCAUGUUUUUUAAAAUAUAUAUAUAUUAUAUAUAUCCUGUUUUUUUGGAUAGAAUUUUACCACUGAUCAAAAAAUUAAAAAGAUUCUCUAGAAUUUUGAUGACAAGAUGAGUGUACACCUCACAGUGCAUUUCUUUAUAGGCUGAUGAUGUUAAAGUUUUAAGCCAAUAAAGUUUGAGUUAAUGUGAAGCUAAAAUGUAAAGGAUUGAGAUUUAUCCUUUAUGCAUACAGAUAAUUGAAAUUCUUUUAUGCUAUAAAUGUUUUCAAGGGCCCAUGAACCAUGCCGGUUUUAUUUGGGGAUAGAAACAGUUUCCUUUUGAUAUUUAAAUCUUUUCUUCAUAGUAACAUACUAUGAUAACACAUCUCACAACUUUAUCCUGCUACUUCAAGUUCUCGAAGUUCUACCAUGGAAUAUUAUUUUCAUUUACUGACAGCAUGGGAGUAUGUUAAAUGCUGCUUCCAUACUGUGGAAUUGUUUUGCCUCUUAGUUGUUCUGAGCCCCUCCUUUCUGUUCAUGUUUCUUAAAGCAAGAGCAGGAUUAGUGAACUAUUUUAGGGUGCCUUUGUGCCAUUGAUAACAGUCUAGACACCUUAACAGAGCAUCAGGACAUAGAUCUAUAGGUUUGAUCCUCCACAUUCAGAUCCCAUGUACCAAUAGAAGCAAAGUUUAGGGGUCCUAUUAUGCUACUAAAUUAAAGAUUUAGUGGAAUUAAUUUCUGUGUAUUUUUCUGCACUUAAGCUGACUUUGCUCCCUCAGUAUUCUGCUUUUGUGUUUUUUAAGUGACAUGUUUGUCUCAGACAAUGUCAUUUUCUUAUAGGUGUUCAUAGGACAAAGGGUUAUUUAAGAAAUAUUUUUACUCAAGUUUUUAAGACACUUUAAAGAACAUUCUUAGAUCUGCUUUAAAAUAAAUAAAAUAAAUAAAUAAAACACCUAGUGGCAGAGAGUCAUUUCAACCCUGCACUGUUAAUAAAUGAGUAUUAAAUAUGGCCAAAACUAGAAACUUGAACAUAAGUGGUUGGAUUAUUGUAUUAUGGAAUGGAAGUAGAGUUGUGAGCUGUGUCGUGGGGUAUUUCAGAUUAUCUGUUUGCUUUAGUGGGCUUGCUCAGGUACUCAUCCUUAAGCAAAGAGGAGACUCACCGUUGUUUCCACCAGGCAUCUCUCCCUUUUAGGGGUUUACAACUCAGUCUUACAUUCCUAGUGAUGUUUGGGCUUCUCGUAGGUCAUGCUUCAUGAGAAUUUGUGGGUAGGGCAUCUUUCAACUUAGCCUCAGUUUUUAAAGUCUCUUUAAUAUAUUAAUCUGCACUAACCUCUGAUUUUAUCUACCUGUAAUUGAGAAAUAAUACUGUCUUGUAGGUUACUUGUGUCUGAUUGGGCUUCUUGUUUAGAGGCCCUUUUAAAACUAAUUCAUUAGCUUGAAAAGUAUAUUUUCUAAUCACAGGCUGGUUAGAUUGAUUGGUGUCUCAAGUGAGCACACGGGCUCUGAAUGAAUGACCUUUGCUUUCACUUCAUUGUUUAUAACACUGUCUUCCUUCAAAUCAUGCAUGCAAAUAGGAAGACAUUUAAUGUGACUCAACUGGAAACAGGUGCUUAGCAGUUAGGUCUAAUAACGACAGCAGAUAGGUCACAGCUGUAGGCUCUUAAUGACUGGCGCUGGGCACCUCCGUGGCUCACUGUCUGCCUUUUUUCCCCCCUGUGUGCCUAUAGUGAGGUGGUAAUGCAUUCACUGUCUUGCUUUGCAGUGCUCAGGAAAUGGGGGUGUUCAUUUGAAGGUGCCUGUCUGUUAUCGCGUCUCUGCUGGGUUUACCUCUAACGGAUUGCAGCAGCUUUGCUGGCUAACACUACAAGUUCUCAAGGCUCUUUUUAAAGCCUUUCUCUUCCCCCACCCAGAAAUGGAAGCCUCUGUCUCCCCUAGUGGUAACGUACUGCUGCUUUUAACCCUCCACCUCAGAUGGAUAUAUUUUAAAUACCUCCCACUCAGAAUUAACCUUACAAAGAAAAAAUUAAUAGUAGGAUGUUUCUUCUAGAAUGGUAAGAGAAUCAAUCCCCCACCAAACACCUUUUCUUUAAAAAGUAAAACAAAACACAGCAUUUUGUGUGCCCUAGGCUGCCUCAUUUAAACUCCUGUUUGGUUUUUUUCAAAACAACUUAUAUUUCAGUCUUAAAAUACUUCUAUUUGGUACUAGUUCAAAUAGCGUUUUCUUCCAGAUAACCAAUCAGUAGUAAAAUUUGAGGUUAUAAUCUAGUAAGAUUUUUGAUGGAUAUAGUCAGCUGAACUUGACUUUUUUUUAACAUGGUUUUACUGUGUAGCCUGGCUGGGAGUCCUUCCCCCUCCACUCUUAAUACUGCUGGGAAUAAUGCCACCAUGACAGGUGACACUUUUUUAAGAUAGGUUUUUUAAUUUUAUGACCAUGAACGUGUAGGUGGCAGGUGAACUUUCAGCCUACAGGUUGGAGAGGGGAGUAGUGUAAACAAACUCAGGUUUAGGGGCUGCUACAAGAGCAGAAUUUAGAAGCAACGGAAAGCCUUGUUGGUGUUGUGGAGUGAGUGUCUGUUAGAACAGUUCUUUUUACCUGUAGCACCGGAAGCUACACUGAAUACGUUGCCACCUGUGAAUGGGUAGGAAGAAAUCCAAGAUAGGCUCUUCAUGGUGUUUAGAGGGAGAUCAAAAACAGGCAGUGAGCACUUCCGCCAGAGGGAACUUAAAGCCACUGGUUGCUCCUGGGGGUGGAGUAUUGUCAUUUUCUCUCCAGAGGAAGCUGCUGAGUUACUUGAAGAUGGGGAGUUUAUUGGGUUUUUUUUUUUUUUUAGUAUUGGGAUGUCAAGCUAUCGAUAGCCAUGUUCUUAUUUCAAUCUCAUUUUCCCUUUGUCUUAGGAAACAAAAUACAUGAUUCUGAAUAUCAAAUCCAUUAAUUAUACUUUGGUUUAAAGCCUAAUUCACAGUGGUGCUGAUUGUAAUAACCACUAUUGGGGAGGGGGGUCCCAUAUGCCUAUCUAUUGCCAUGCCAAUGAGUAACUGAACCGGUGACAUCUGUUUGAGCAUGCUCUACAUGGCUGUAGAGCACCACAGUUGUGCAGACACUUUGUAUAUCGGGUGAGGGAGGGUUUUCUAGAUUUGGGGGGAGGGUAAAUUGGGAUUUUUUUUUUCCUUCCUUUUUUGAUGGGUUGGGAGUAUAGUACUCAGUCAUGCCCUAAAAAUAACAUGUAUAAAACCCUGAAGUGUGGUGUGGGUGUGGGUAUGUGUGAGUGUGUGUUUGUAAAUGUCUGGCAAUUAAACCUUUGUCUUCUGGAAGUUAGUGAAUUUUUUUCCUUUUUCCUCUGGAAGUAUUUGUUACAAGAUUUGUAAAUAAGAGCUCUACGUAGUCGGUUUACCAUGGACAUGUUGCAGCAAACCUUACAUGCUUAAUUCCUGCAAGGAGUGACUUACCAGGUUACGCAGCAGCCACAAUCUCAGUAAUUGUUUGCCUUGAUUCAUCUUUUAGACUUCAUUUGCCAGUUCUAAAACCUCCCAGUCUUCCUUGAUUUUAGUCCUUAAUCUUUCAUGUUCUGAGCAGGAGGAGUCAGAGAGCUAGCCUAACUGUAGCCUAGGCUAUGGCCUGAGAGCCAGGCAUCCUUUUUUUCAUAUUGCAGUGUGGCUAGACACAUGAUCAGACAUCAGAGGGUUGGGCAUUCUUGCAAUACCUUAGCAGUGCUGAAAUGUGCAGCACGGUACUAAGGAAGUUAAAGUUUGAAUGUAACCACUUUAUUUAAAGCUUUUUUCCUUUAAUUUAAAUGAAACCGAGUUGAAGUGAACAUGAAUUUGUUAACCAUGUUUGUGAAUUAUAGAUGCAACAUGCAUUGGUAGAAUUGUGUGAUGGUCUAAUGUGAUACUUCAUUUUUACAUAUCCCCAUCUGUAUGUAUCUACAUAAAAAGAAACUCUUGCUUUGCUCUGAUUGGAGGAUUUCCAGGACUGCUGUCUUCUCCUGAACUUUGUUUUAAAUAUGUGUUUCCUUUGCUUGUAUUUUGUAUUUAAAAAAAAGUAAAAAAAAAAAAAGUACCCCAUAUUGUUGAGCAUGUUGGCAUUGUCCCCUUUAUUUUUUUCUCUUUUUGGGGACAUAUGAAGCAAGUUAUUUUCUGUAUCUUUCUUUUCUUUUGUAAACGUUUUGGUUUGUUUUGUUUUAAAAUGGCUUUAUAAAAGGGCUUUUGUAACCCA